ACAACCACAGUGAUGAAGAUGGUGUUCGGCUUCUCGCUCUGCCUUUUCGUCCUCCUCAACUGUUUGAGUGGACUCGUUGAAAGUGGGACACUGCAUCUGAACAGCUGCUCUGUCAGUGCUCACACACACGAGCUGCGCAAGUACUACUCUGCCAUACGAUCCAAUGCGAUCGCUGCAGACACUGAGAUUGGAGUGAAACUUCUGGAUAAAAAACUAAUUAAGGGUGUUCAGGAGGGGCAGACAUGCUGUUUCCUGCGUCUUGUGCUGCGUUUCUAUGUUGAAAGAGUGUUCAGCAACUACGCCUCCUCUCAGCCACAACAGCAGCGCUCCUCCAGUGCUUUGGCCAACGCUUUUGUCAGCAUCAGGAGAGACAUACAUAAAUGUCAUUGCCACUGCGCAGAAGAGACACAGAGGACAAUCGACUCCCUGCAUGCUGAGUUUGAUAAGCUGGAGAUAAACCAGGCAGCACAAAAGGCCGUGGGAGAACUGGACACGGUGCUGGAGUGGCUGGAGGCUCUGAAAAGCAACACAAGAUCAGAAUGAAGAAUACGAUGACACGAUGGCUUUACAAAGGUCACUGUUGUAAAUGUAACCCUUGACCUGAAAAUACUUGUUGCAGAGUGAAGUUUAGAAAUGUGUGAACUUCACCUCUGUUCCU